AUGACUGGCGAAAUGAUGGUCUUGCCCGACAUUCAGCCAAAUCUACUACAAAUCUCGAGAAAUACGAAACCGAGCCCGCCUCCGCCUUCCAAAUCAUUAGUCUUUGGCCACACCUUUACUGAUCAUAUGUUAACGGUGCCAUGGAGCGCGAUUUCCGGCUGGAGCGCACCUCAGAUCGAACCAUAUGGUCCGCUUCGUCUUGAACCUAGUUCAACUGUUUUGCAUUACGCCCAGACCAUAUUUGAAGGCAUGAAGGCAUACCGUGAUGACACCGGCAAAGUUACGCUCUUCCGCCCCGACAUGAACAUGAAGCGGAUGAACAGCAGCGCUACCCGAGUUGCACUACCUAAUUUCAAUGGCGAUGCACUAUUGGAGCUCAUUAAAGAGCUCAUUCGGAUCGACAAGCAUUGGAUUCCUAAAGAGCCAGGUCACAGUCUAUAUGUCCGGCCUACACUUGUCGGAACUCAGAAGGCUGUCGGCAUUGGCCCGCCAAAUGAGGCGCUUCUUUUCGUGAUAUGUAGUCCUGUGGGUCCCUAUUAUCCUAACGGCUUCAAACCGAUUGCGCUGUACGGAACCACAGAAUACGUCCGUGCAGCUCCUGGAGGAACUGGUGCAUACAAACUAGGCGCCAACUACGCUCCUGGUGUCCUGCCUCAAAAGUUCGCCGCCCAAAAGGGUUAUCAACAAAACCUUUGGUUACACGGUCCGGAGCACUAUCUCACCGAGAAAGAGGAUGGAUCCUUAGAGCUAGUGACACCACCGCUGGAUGGGAUGAUUCUUCCAGGGAUAACGAGAGACUCCGUCCUUGCCCUUGCUCGAGAACAUGUAUCAGGCAAAAAGAAGCUUGCCCACUUGACUGAGAAAUUGAUUAUAUCCGAGCGGCCAGUAACGAUGAGCGAGGUCAAAUCUGCGUCUCUCUCGGGCUCGCUUGUCGAACUUUUCGGAUCAGGUACGGCCGCUGUCAUCAGUCCUGUAGACCGGAUUGGAUACCUGGGUGAGGAUAUUUUAAUACCUACUGAAGAGGAUGGGAUGGGUCCCGUUUCGAGACCCAUCUGGAAAGAACUAGUGGGUAGACAGAUGGGUACGAUCAAAAGUAACUGGAGUGUGCCUGUUACUCAAUAG